UGCAAUCUUUGAAUUUCUACAGCCUCUUCUAGUGUCUGCAAUCUCCAGCCACCUACAACCUCGUUCAACACCUACACCCUUCCUAAAUACCUACAAACAUCAUGCCAACAUCGCAACAUCCAAGCGAGCCACCGCCCAGCUACGAAGCCGCCAUCUUUGACGCAGACCCAUCGCCUGGCCUCCAUCGCGUUUCCACAGAUGGUCCUGCAGCGCGCACAGAGCGCAAUGGUAUUCCACCCGAGUGGCGGCGCUCCAUGGAGGACUUGAUGCGCGAGCUGCCUCCUGGAUGGAUCCGAUCGUUUGACGAGCAGUCUCAGCACCAGUUCUUCGUAAACACGCGAGCCAACCCUCCACGUAGUAUAUGGACGCACCCAUACGACGAUGAAGAGUAUCUCAGCACACUGAGCCCGGAAGAGCGCAACAAGCACACGCGCAUGCACCGGACCAUGACUAUGGACGACCUUGCUGCCGAGGACUCCGACGCAGAAGAUCACUUGCCGCCGCGAACGGCGCCAAAGGAUAAAGGAGCAGCGGCUUCUGGCGAGCCAACAGGCAUUCACAAGUUCUCCAGAAAGCUCAAGGACAAGAUCACGGGACAGACACACGACGAACGUGAACUAGCCCGACAGCGCCGCGCAGAGCAAGAACGCCAGGCCUAUCUCCAGCACAUGCGCACGCGAGAGGCCAUCAUACGCGCAAUGGAAACAGGCGAACCGCAACUGCUAGGCAAAGACCGACAGGGCAGGGACGUGUACAUUGAGCCGCCUCAUGGAUCUGUGCCAAGAGGAGCCUUCGGAUACAAUCCAUAUGGUCCCCGCCAGUACUACAGUCCCAACGUCCGAUACAUGCGCCCGGCUACACCGUACGGCAGGCCGUAUGGUUACGGGUACGGCGGAGGCGCUGGGCUGCCAAUUGCGGCUGGACUUCUUGGUGGCACUCUACUGGGAAGUGCAUUAUUCUAGGGACUCUAAUCUUGAUCUCCCAGCCGGAUUACUGCGGAAGUCGGGCACCGGGCGCAUGAAUUUGUUUUGACAAAAACAACACACACACAAUCAUACAGAUACGCCUCAAGUCGAUGACGCAGAUAGCGUUUGUUUUUUCUUCUUCCUGUAUACUAGCACUAGUCCUUGUUCCAUAGUAGGCUUUUAAUAAGACACGACUGUCAUGAUG